AUGGGGCGAUGUUCUUGUAUAUACCUUUGUAUUCUACUUUUAAGCCUCUUUGGCACCACCGUGUUUUCCAUCAACGUGUCCAAUGGAAAUGUGACUUCCUCAAGUGUUGCGGAGAAGGGCCCUUCGCCUUCAAUGUUCGCUUGUGCCAGCUCAUUCCUUUUGGGAUCAAAAAAUUUUCAGGCUUUCAGCGGCUCUAAAAAGCCUGGCGAGAAAGGAUACUGUUGCUACCUGUUCACAAAUCGAUUGGCCUCGUAUCCGUUUUUGACCAUUUUACCGCAUCAAUUAAUUGAGGCCGACAAGGCCGAUACAGAAGACAAGUAUGUGCCCUCUGAGGGUAUCAAGUGUUCUUGCUUGAGUCGUCUCAAUGUAUUGCAAGUGCCUCCAUUAAACUUUGCCGGAAUAACCGAUUGUUCGUCCAUGACGAUCCCUCAAUUUUUCCAGAUCAUCGAUGCCGGUCUUAUGGGGAUGCUGAGUGACCAAUGCAUCAACUCCCUUUCAAAGGAACUGAUAAACCACCUCACUCCUUAUUUAUUGGAAAAAAUGGUCGAACAGCGACCCUCGGCACUAUUAGCACAUUGGGCGGCAGUUUCCCCAACCACUUUGGUGAGAACAAAUUUCUUGUACUCCUCAGUGCUACCAAGGSAGGAAAACGCAGACUCUUGCUGUAUUUUGAUGCCAUCGGACUUUGGUAAUUGCUUGAAGCUUUCUGUGGCCUCCACCCAGUGUCUUUCUAAGCUAUUUACGGGGGCAGAUAGGUGUAAAAAUUUGCCCUCCAAUUUCUUUGAUAUAUCCAAUAGGUGGGGCGGCGUUGGAGAGCCAAUGGCUAUAGAAGACUCUCAAUUGCAACGCUAUUUAAAGGAGGGAAAGUCAAGCAGCAUUUUCAAGGAGGUAUUUUCAAAAAAACUACCCCAUGUUUCGUCCGGCGAUGUGGCCCAAGAAGAGCUAAAACCGCUAAUGCCGUUCAGAAUAAUAUCCACAAUGGAUCUUGAUUGUUUUGAUGCCAUCCCAAAAGAAACCAAGACAAAUUUAUGGAAAUCAUAUCGCGAGUACUUUAGAGUGGCCAACUCUGGUAUCUUCGAAAGAAGGGCAAACCACAUGGAUGCCUUGGCCUUGUUAAAUUCGGAUUUGAGGUCCAUGUGUGGUCGUAUUAACAAUUGGGCCCCGAUUUCUGAGGAUGCAUAUCUGAAGGACGAGAGUCGGACGAGCUUCUCCAUUAGACCGGAAGUUUGGACCAUUCCCCCAUUCAUUGCCAUUUGUUUGCUGGUGCAACUAUCUGCAGGAAUCAUUGGGAUCGUUGCUUUCAAGCUGGACCUUCCAUAUACGAUCGGAAUGUCUCUUUGUUUGGAGGGGUUCAGAUCUGUUCUUAUCAGCCAAAUAAAUGACCACAAAUUUAAGGGAAAUGCACGGCUCUCGCCCGAGUUAUGGCAGACGUUAAAGCGGCUUCUUAAAAUCCCAGCGUUUGCUUUGAUGGUCUUCUGGCUUAUUACUAUUUGUUGGAUCACUGGAGAAAAGCCAUGGGGUCCGUUAUCUGGGGGUUCAAUAUCUGACAAGCCUCUUUUUUAUGCCUUGGCAAUGUAUUUCCUUGCCUCACAAAUCGAGGUCGUUAUGGAGCUGGAUUUGUCUUAUGCCAAGGCCAGUGGAAGGCUUUAUGACGUGGUUGUGUGCGAGUCUAUUACAACGAUUUUGCAAGCUUUCUUUCAGCUCGUUGGUUCUGCCUUUAUUGAUACCCCUGGAAACUCGAAUGCAGCUUUAGUCAUUUUUGGAAUCGCUAAGCUAUUGGGGACCUUUUCUUUUUUCCUGUUGGUCAAGUACCAUUCAUUUACAAAACUGGCGCUUUUCCCCAGUAAGACUUUGUCCUCUUUUGACGGCAAAAUAAACGACGUCGCUGUGCAGCGUAUUGAACCUGAUGCUAGGCAUCACUCUUUUUACAAUCUUUGUUUGAACGCUCUAAAACAGUGUAGAAGGAAUUUUAUUUCUACCGUAUUGGCAAAUGUAGGAUCCAUAUUCAUCUCGUUUUUGACGGCAAAAAAUCAUUUCUUGACGCAGGAGAAAGUAGCUAUGCUCCAAGGAUCUUAUUCGAUCGCAUCUCAAUACGGCAGCAUACCUUCAAGAUUAAUCCACACACCCGUUUCUGAAGCCAUUAAGCAGGCUGCUUUUUCGCGUGCCAAUUCCGUAACGGAGCUGUCCAAACAAGAGGCGCGUGAAGUAUUAUCAAGAGUAAGGCUGGCAACAUACUGGGCAUUGGGGGUGGUUGUUUUUGGCACGUUUUUUAAAAGCCACCUACUAGCUAUCCUGCUCAUGAAUAAGAGUUCAUCUUUCGAUGCUUUGUGGCAGAUUUCGCAUCUUUUUGGAAUCUCUCUUUUCUCGCUGGCACUCAGUGCCAUUCUGAUUCCAAUUGAGACAGAAAUAUCAGUCUCCAUCCUCAAAGUGACCAGUAGAGAUAUCGGCCUGUCAGUACAAUGCUUCGACAUUUUGAGCUCGAUCUGCUCGAUUGCAGCUACCUUUGUCUUUUCCUUUUUCGUGCAAUCUCCCUUUGAUGUGGUCAUUUUUGGCUCCAUCUUUGGGAUGCUUUGUAAGCUCAUCAUGUUCUCAGGCUAUUUCCGAUCGCUAUUUCCGUAUCCCAAGAUCUUUUUUACUCAUAUCUUACCAAAACCCAAUAUUAUCCUGCUAUUCUUAUGUACGUGCUAUAUCUUCCAUGUAUCGAACCUGCAGUCAAAUCCUUUCCUUUCCUCAUGGGGCGUCCUUAUUGCUGAUUGUUGCUUUGGCACCUUUUGGUUUCUGCUGGUGAACAACCAAAUUUUUCCGAUGUGGACCUAUUCUGAUGCCAUAUUUCGCAUUCUGAUCGUUGCGUUGUCCGUCAUUUUAUCGCCAGAAUUGCUUAUACUGUUUGAGAUGCUGUCUCAGACAGUCACAUAUGCCCUGCUGGUUUUUGUUGAAGGUGGCCAUCCAAACACUCUUUUUUGGAUGGUCAUGAUGCAGGUUACUUAUGGAAUGGCAACAGCAUCUUCCAGUGGAUUUUAUGGGUGCGUUUCUAGCUACCUUGAACCUGCUGUUGCCGCAAAAUGGAAUGCACACAUCAAGUCUCUCGUGUUUGCAGGCCACGUAUUUGCAUGUCUUUCUGCUGGAAUUUUGAUAUCCCAUUUUAGCCUGUGGAUUUCAUUUGCCCUGACCUUGAUUUUUUUGGUUGUUGCUCUGUUUUUUUCCAUCCUUAUGCUGGUCUGGAGCAUCCAGCGAAAAGGCAAUUUCGACAGGCAGGCUGAGGAAACACUGAGAGAAGAUAUCUUCAUCCCAAAUGCCAAUGUGCUGUUAUUGACAUCUGCCUGGAUCUUCAUUUUCUGUGCUUUGGGGCUAUGCGAAAACUAUUUUUCUUCUUUAGUUUACCGCUACGCAAGUAAUGGAAAUAUCGAUGCCAUGCAUAGUGGCUACUUUGAUGCUCUUGGAAAAAUCGCAAGCUUUUGCAGCUCGCUGUAUCUUUCGUUCACCAGUUGGUGGCAAAAAGACCAUCGUACUGCAUUCCUGAUUUGUAUCAUUUCAACCGUUGCAAUGGCGUAUUCUAUGAUAACUCUGUCCCUGCUUGGCAGCUCGUGUACAUAUAUUAGGCCAUUGAGCAGCUCAACUGUUCCGGGAAGAUGGUCACAUUUUACAUCUCUGUCAAGUCAAUGGUCAGCAUGGCCAUCAUGA